AUGUGCGAAGAUGCAAAUGCAAGCAAAACUAACCCCUCACCUCACCACCAAGUCUGCCCCUCUUGCAGCAACGUCCUCAACAUAUCCACCGUAUCCCCAGAAGACAUAUCCAACGCCGGAAACCACCGGCUCGAAUGCCUAACCUGCCCCUACCAAUACAUCCUGCAAGCGCGCUACUACGAGCGCAAGACGUUCACGCACAAGGAAAGGGAAGAUAUGUUUGGGGGCAAGGGCCAGUGGGAUAAUGCGCAGAGGGCACGCGUGCAGUGUACAAAGGAUGGGUGUGAUGGCGAUGAGGCGGCGUUUUAUCAGGUGCAGAUUAGGAGUGCGGAUGAGCCGAUGACCAGUUUUUACAAGGUGAGUUUGUGUGCUUUGCCCAGGGAAGUGGGGUUUCUUUUUUCUGGUGUGAGAUUUCUUUUUGGGGGGGGCGUGAGGCUGAUGACUUGGGUAGUGUAUGACUUGUGA